AUGUGUGUAUGUGCAUCAGCAGAGGCGGUUUUGGGGAAGCCAUUUCUCUCGUUAAUAAAUAAAAAACAGCCACACCAUUUCACCAGAAUACGCCGGUUUGCAUCAAACAAACCUUCGAGUGCAGCUGUUUGUCUGUGUCACAUAAUCGUAUCAAUUACGUAUAAUCUUCUUUAUCAUUAGAUGUUAAAUGACUCAUCUAGUCACACAUGGCACAUGUCUGUGAUUAUGGCAAUUUCUUUUUAAUAAAGAGCCUACACUUAACAGUCUGCUACAAAGUCUUGUUUACGAUCAAAUGCAAAACAAAAAUCGUCAAAUAGAUAAAAAGACAGCUAAACUCAAGAAUUGUCGCUUAGAAAAUAUGGGAUGCUGCAAAUAUCAGCUCAUAUUUGUGACCGCUGAGAACAUUUUUUCGAAGCCAUUUCAUUUCUGGCUGAAACAACUGCUUCAGCGUUUCAUUCAUUGGCUCUACGUGUGAUUAUUUUUGUAGGAAGAAAGCGCUUCCGGUUUUUGAUGCAACUCAUUUUGAUUGGUAACCUGCUAAUUUCCGGAAUGCAGUGACGCGCAACUUACCAGGGGGUGUUUUGCUUUACAACAGCCUUUUCGGGCGGGCGUUUUUUCUUCCACAUCCCCGAACCGCCUCCAUCUCCAAAUCAAACAUGGCCGGUUGAAUAAAUGAUUUCGAGCUUCUUAACCGUAACUUGCCCAUGUAAGACGCCUGCACUGCAUGCUAGAGGCCUGUGGGUGUAAAGUAUGAUUUAUUGGGUGAAGGCUUCCUUCCCUCCAUCACUUUCUACCCAAACUCACACAAUUGCACAGUAACUAGCAGCAGUAGUAGUAGUCAAAAUAAUAUUUACCUAUUAUGGUGGCUUUGUCAAAAAGAAUGUGUAAAACAAAAUAACAGUUAUGAGAAAGAGUAGCUACAUUGAUGGACAUGAGAUAGAGGAACCUUUGUGUAAUAGUGUUUUUACAGGUACCUGCUUCAGACAUUCAGGCUUCAAGAUUACCGGAAGUAAAGUUUUAACUCAGUGUCGUAGCCUUUACAGUCCAGCUCGGAUGGAACUUUGAAUUUCAGACUAAAUUAGCACUGAACACCUUUCGCGCAGCUAGCCCUUGAAUUUUAUCUCAUUCUAAAUGAACUACUUCUGCUUUGCAUUUGUUCUUUCCUUCUUUUUUUUCAUUCUGUUUGACGGGGACUGGGUUCGGCUGAAUACAUUUCGCAUCUCCGUUUUUUUUAUGUGAGACUCAGUAGCUUGAAACACAAGCUUCUUUCGUUUGCGCUCAAUAAGCGACUAUCUAAGCAAUCUGAUGUGCCUCUGUAAUUGUAAGUUGAUUCGCUGCCAUGGAAGUUGAGAUUAAACAAUUAACAAUUGGUUCAUACGUCAGCGUGCGUUCAUCGAGAUAUGAAGCACGCGGAAAGUUUGGAGAGCACGAAAGAUGCGUAAGAGUUGUUCGAAGCAUAGCCUCGAGCAACUCUAGCUUCUUGAGUAUCAUAUCUCGAUGAACGCACGCUGACGUAUGAACCAAUUGUUUUAUAACAUUUUCAACCCGAUGGUUUGCGAAACGGGAUAACACCGGCCGUGCUCGUUCUUUGUUUUCUUUUUCUUUUUCGUUCUUUUUGGGGAGUUAAAAACUCCAUUCCCAAAGAAAAAGUAAACAGUUCUUCCUCAUCAGCUGGCUCAAAAAUUUCCAUGUUUAGCUUAAAUUGCCGCCGAAGUCUUAACCAGUUUUUUAAUAGUAAAAUCCCAAAGUAAAAAAUCGCGGAGAAAUUUUUUUCUCGAGGGAUUUGUUUGCUGACGUCACGAGCGUGCGCAAUAGGAAUAUGAAGCACGCCCACACUCUUGAAUUUGAUUAGACAAAUUUACUAGCUAUGUUAUAAGUUUUCUUUUAUUCAGAGAAACUCCCAGUUAAUCAUUGAGUCCCAGCACUUUCUUCGAACGAAUAUGCCAACUUGCAUCGAUUGUAAUCAAAGUAUGUGUUUACUGAAUUUGAUGCUUUUGGAUAAAUUUUUGCCUUUUUUAUCCUGAUUUCUAGUGAUCUCAGUAUUGUGUCAAUAUCUUUACAUGUGUUCUUCUCUGUUUUGUUAUUAUUUUGACGACGACCGGGUUUGGCUGAAUACAUUUCCAUCUCCUUCUCUUAAGCGAGACUUAGAAGUUUAAAACACAUGCUUCUUUUGUUGGCGCCCAGUGAGCGACUCUCCAAGCAAUCAGAUGUAGCUUUGAAGGUGUAAAGUUGAUCCGUUGCCAUGGAGGUUGAGAUCUAACGCCGUAAAUUACAUUUAAGUGAAAGUAAUUCACUAUCCUCGAGACAUUUGAAGUGGUCAGCUGUCGUCUAAAUUAUAAGCUGCCGACAGAAUUGUUUGUUACUUGAAUAUUUUCGGAGGAUUAGUCUUAGAGGAAUUUACAGAUCAACGUCUCGGUGGCUACUUUUUCUCUUCUGAAUUUUGGGGGUUUUCUUUAAAAAAAAUCUUCGCUAAGAAAGGUUUGAAAAUAACCGGACCUAUUGGUCUUUCAGUAUGUUAAAGAAUAAGCCGCAAAGGUGAAUGCAAUUUUUCCUUACAAGCAGCAUUUUCUUUGAAAAAUUUACCCACGUAUGAGACGUUUUUGUCAUGAUAAUAAGUCGCCUCAAGAGAGGAAACCCUUUACGCGACUGAUUGCAAACAGCCAUCGAUCGUUUACGAAACGGUUAUGAUUAUAGGGCCCUUAGCCUUUCGUGCUCAUCAAAAUGAAUCUGAGUUACCCUAAAGGGCCGCUUGGUAAUUCCUCCAGAUUAGAGAUCUUUUGCUCCAGCUCACCCCAGAUGAAAUCCAUCUGGGACUCGACACAAAAAACUUCCCUUCAGCUUGCAGUCGUCGUCGCAACUGUCGCUUGUCCAUUCACUGUCCUUUUAAACAUCGUAGUGAUUGCAACGAUAAAAAAAGUUAGACAAUUACAAACAAACUCCAACAUUUUGAUCGCAAGUUUGGCCGCGGCAGGUCUUUUGGUUGGCGCAGUUUGUAUGCCACUGACAAUCAGUUUAGAUACACUGAUUCUUCGAGGAUAUGCAUCAGAAAACGUCAUCUGCACGAGAGUCCUCGUUGCUAUGGUGGUGCUGUACACUGCUUGGAGUGCUUCAUUUUAUCAUCUAGUAAUAAUCUCUUGGGAGAGGUAUUUGGCGAUAGUAAAGAGGGUUGAAUAUAAAAUUAUAAUAACAAAAUCGCGCGUAAAAAAAUAUGCAGGAAUUGCUUGGGUGAUUGCGUUUAUGACGAUUGCCUUAUUUUUUGCAUUGGUCGUUGCUGGUAUCCAUUAUGAGGUCCUACUUUUCCUAGAUGGCAUUUUCGGUCUUGGUUGGCUAACUGGAAUAUCAAUAAUGGUGAACUUUUAUCGCAAAGUAUAUUUAGAACUGCGAAAACAAAAGCGAUGUCAAACAAGCCAGGUGAGUUUCCUGGUCAAAGCCAGAAUAGAAAGGAAAAUUGCCCACACAGCGUGCCUGCUGACAAUUACUGUUUUCAUUUCUAUCGUGCCUUUAAUGGUUGUCUUUAUCACGGCCCCCUUUUUACCAUUUUUUCGUAGUUACACGGUUUUUCGGUGGGCAGAGAUCUUCCUUCAGAUAAACUCUCUCGUAAAUCCUGUGCUCUAUUUUCAUAAAAACAAACGUUAUAGAAAAUUUGCUCUUCAGCUGUUUGCAUUCUCAACAAAGGAGAAAAUCGAGUCAGAAGUUGACAUUGGACGUCCUGCCACGCAGCACCGUGGUGUUGAAGAGCCCGCAGAACACAAAAAUGCCCUACCUUCAAGACGCUCAGUUUCUUGUCCGGAAGUGAUAUAUAGACGCGAAAACACAAGACUGAGAGUGUCACAAGUCACACCGAUGGAAAGAAGAAUGUCAUUGCCAUCUUUUCAAGAAGAUGCACAGCUACACAAUGCCUUGCAACCCAUCCCUUUCACUGUCACAGUGCAAAUUGAACAUACACCCAGAAAAAAGCUAGUAAAGAGGAAUAGCGAGUUAUUGGACGAUAAGGGCAGUAGAAAAAGGUUACUUCGCAGCAAGAAUAUGAGGUCAACGUCACUCAAUCUGAAAAUCGUUUCUAAUGUGGAGAUACGAGCUGGUGUAAAAAGAGCAAAAGCUUAUUCUCAAAGACGUAAUUCAGCGCCAUAG